AUGAGUUCUUUCUCGCCUAAGUUAGCCAAAGGUUCAACCAAAACUGGAUUUAUUGGUACUUUUGAAGCUGAAUUAUUUGCACAACAACAAAAUACUUAAUUAAGAGCUUAAAGAAUGUAAUAGGUACAAUAUAAAAUUUACAUUAGAUUCGUAAAUAAGAGACAGACUUAACAAAAAAGAAGAUUCAAUAAUAAUAACAACAAUAAUAAAAAUAGUUUGAAGAAGAAAUGAAAAAAUAAAAAUAUUAAGAAUAUUUAUAAAAAAAAGCUUAGAUUGAAUAAUUAGAACAAGCACGUUAAUAAACAAUACUUGAAUAAUAACGAUAAG